CCUGUGCAGCUGCUGCUGGGUUUUUCAUGGACUUGGUGCUGAUGAACGCUCACUCCUGGAGAGGGCACUAUCGUUCUGUGAUAAGACAUGUUUAGAGCACUGAGAGAUAUCAGGUGAUUGAUGUAACUGGAGUGAAUAAGGGAACCUUCUUCCUGAGCACAGACAUUGGAGUCUGUUAUCAGCAUGAACUCAUAUGUGUUAGACAAACAUGUGAAUAGUUCAUAUCCCUCCUUCACUACAGGAAGCAUCAGAAUGAUACCGCAAACUCCAAUAGUCUUAGACACCAAUGACUAUUCACAAACAUUGGGGAUAUCACAGCACAUAUAUAAAAGAGAUGUUGAAUUGGCAGGAACUGGGCAGCAAUCAUUAUGUACAGAGAGUAAUUUAGUCAUCAAACAAGAGGACAACAUUUAUGCCUUGUCUAGUAAAAUUAUUAUCCCCGAGGAUAAACCACACACAUUCACUCAGUUUUCAAAACAUAUUAAAGAAGGGAAAAGUCUACAGUCUAGCCAAAUGAUUCAUACAAAGGAGAAACCUUUCAAAUCUACAGAAUGUGAGGAAAGCUUUAGAUGGAAGUCUCCUCUACUAGAACACUACAAAAUUCACACAGGUGAGAAACCACACACGUCCUGAGUGCGGCAAUUGGUUUAAAAAAAUGGAUAAUCUGAAAACGCAUGAAAGGUUUCACACAGGAGAAAAGCCUUUCACAUGUACAGAGUGUGGAAAAAGUUUUACACAAAAGAGUGAUAUGAAAAAGCAUGAAAGGAUUCACACAGGAGAAAAGCUUUUCACAUGUACAAAGUGUGGAAAAAGUUUUACACAAAAGAGUGAUCUGAGAAGACAUGAAAGGAUUCACACAGGAGAAAAGCCGUUCACAUGUACAGAGUGUGGAGAAAGUUUUACACAAAUGGUUUGUCUGAAAUAUCAUGAAAGGAGUCACACAGGGGAAAAGCCGUUCACAUGUACAGAGUGUGGAAAAAAGUUAUAUACAAAAGAGUGAUCUGAAAAAGCAUGAAAGGAUUCACACAGGAGAAAAGCCUUUCACAUGUACAGAGUGUGGAAAAAAGUUAUAUACAAAAGAGUGAUAUGAAAAAGCAUGAAAGGAUUCACACAGGAGAAAAGCUUUUCACAUGUACAAAGUGUGGAAAAAGUUUUACACAAAAGAGUGCUCUAAAAAAACAUGAAAGGAUUCACACAGGAGAAAAGUCAUUCACAUGUACAGAGUGUGGAAAAAGUUUUACACAAAUGGAUUGUCUGAAAAAUCAUGAAAAGAGUCACACAGGGGAAAAGCCUUUCCCUUGUACAUAGUGUGGAAAAAGUUUUACACAAAUGAGUAAUCUGAAAUAUGAAAGGAUUCACACAGGGGAAAAGCCGUUCACAUGUACAGAGUGCGGAAAAAGUUUUACACAUAUGAGUAAUCUGAAAACUUAUGAAAGGAUCCACAAGGGAAGAAACCUUUCACAUGUGUAGAAAGUAGAAUUUUUUUUUUUUUAUUAAAGUCAGGUUUCACAAAACACCACAUAUUUAUACACAAAUAAACUUUAUAUACACAGUGUACAAACCUUUUUUACAAUUAUUCUAAAGAGGACAAACUUUAUAAAUAGAAGCAUCAAAAAGGAUGUUAUUGUAAAUAAUAUUUACUAAAUCCCAGUUAUAAAAGCCCCAGAUUGGAAGUGCUCUCCUGCUGUCCUUUGUUCCUCUAUAUAUGUACACCUCAGUUUCUGUCAUAUCAAUGUGAUAUAAUUCAAACACCACACAGGAAUAUACAGAUCUAUCCCCAUACUGACCAGUUUACACAACCAUUCACCACCAAAGUACCCCCAGUGUUGCAUAUUAAUAUGCCAGUGUUAGGAGUUGUAUGUUUGAUUUACAUAGGGGAGAAAAUAAUUACAUUUACAGAAUAAAGGAGUCUUUAUAUGAAUAA